GUCUCGCUCGUCUCGCUGUGGAUCAGCCUGGGCUCUUAGAAAAGUGGCUCAGGGCUGAGGCCUGUAAAGACCUUUCAUAAAACGGGAUAAUAGUCGAAAUACUAGACGUUUUCAUCUCAAAAACACUGUGAAAUAGAUUUUUCCCGAGCUCUUUUAGGAAAACACCGACGUGUCGUUUUUUCGUCCCGUGAAUUUUUGGAUCUGUGGGACUUUGUCGCAAGCCUCGGACUCACCCGCACAAGAUGGCCGGGCCACGGGACUGCAUUUUCCGUACGGCUUGUAGGAAAGUCUGGGAGAAGCCUUAAGUGACCAUUUCAUGUUUAUCCUUCAACUGUUUUGACUAUUUUCCACACAUGCGGUGUCGUGCACUCGAUUUUGCGUCACUCUAUAUUGUUCAGUUGUUCUUAAUUUUUUUAAUUUUUUGGUUAAAACGCAUAAGUUUGUCGUAGGCCGCUUUUUUCGACAGCAGUCCGAAACGCCGUCGUUUUGGCGGUGGACUCGCAUCUGGUCGCCAAUCAUUCGAUUGGUCGCCGAUUGGAAUGACUGGAAAUUGUGAUUAUUCAAGGUCAUUUUUAAAGCCAGCUGAGCACAUUUUGGAAUACCAACGUUUUAGGUUUCGCUCCCUUAGCAAUGUAGCUGGCGGUGUGGUUAGCUUAAAGUAGGACUCCUUCGCCGACAUCGACGGUAUGUUCCCUGCUGCUCGUCUGCUAUUUCACCUCAUCCCGGCGUGUGUAUGUUAUCGCUGUAGCCUUGAUGGCAAAGUAUAACGUGAAUAAUAACUUGUUAAUUCCAGAAUGUGUCUUUUUUUUUUAAGUACGGCUAAGUAGCCCGAUUAGGGCUUAAACGUUAUACGUGACAAACGGCCAGUUAGCUUCCUACCUGUUAAUAAUUAGAUAAUCAAAUCGCCGGGCCCGCUUUUAUCACAGCACUGUAGAUGUUGGUGUACGCGUAUUGUUUGCGGGGAUGAAGGGUGUAAUUAUGUGUGUAACAACGCUUCUUUUAGGACUAGAAUAAAUGGGGGGGGUUGCAGCUAGCAUAGCGCUACUUGGCCUCCAUUGCCCGCUCAACAUGGCGGUGUUUGAGAGGAUACUCUUCUUGUUGUGAACGAGAACGAUGGGGUCUGGAAUAUUCGUGUCGACUUUAAUAGUUGCCAACGAAGAGCUGCGCGUUUCCCCCCCCCCACGCACCCGUUUAGCUCCGUGAAUUAAUAACAAUAAAAACGAAAUUGCGUCGUGUGGUAUAUUGCCCUAACAACGUGGAGGGGUUUUCAAAAAAAAAAAAAGUUCGCUAGCCAGCAUUUCAAGAGUCUCGACUGUUCGUCGGUGUCGAAAGUUGUAGCCAUUUUGCUAACCAACUCCCGGUGUGUUGUGGGGAGAACGGCGCCUGUUGUGCAGCCGGUUAGCGGGUUACGAGCAAACAGUUCGAAGUCACAACAGUCUGAGCACCGCUCUCGUAUCGAGGGACCGUGGGGGAAUGCUGUUAGCGCGUCGGACAAUAGAUUCAUCCGGUUAGCUUCUUGCUAGUUAACACCCAAGGUCCAGCAGAGGACAUCGUCUAUCAAGUCCAGAGGAGAGGCUAGGUGCCACAUCUGCAGUAUCCUUAUGCAGUGCAGCCAGUUAUGAGGAUGCAGUGGGACAAAGAAGUUAGCAUGCAUGUCGGCUUAGAAAUGCUCCGUAGGAAUGUGACAGUAAAUCACUUUGUUCACCAUGUGCCAUGUAAUGCCAUGACUAUACAAAGGAUCCAUUAUUGACCAGGGUUGGCUCCCUCCUCUGGCUCCUACCGAGAAUGAUCGGCGCUGCGAAGACAUUGCACAACCACGUUUUCAGUGCAGACAAGCGCGGAUCCCACCAGGCAGGCAGGCAGGCAGGCAGGCAAACCUACUCCAUCUACCGCUCCAAGGAGGUUACUGCUGCAUAGGGGCUUAAAAGUUGUCAGGAGGCGUGCGGAGACGCUGGGUUGUUUACGGUGCCCUUAAAAUACAGGCUGUCUAGAAACAGGAAGUACCAUCGCCCCCGAAGCGCAGCAGCACACGGCGUCAGCCAACACGCAGCCACUUCCUCCUCCUCAACAGAGGCUCCAGCAAAACAACCUUCGACGCUUAUCAGAGAAUUGUGCACCCCUCCCCUCGGCUGCCCGUCCUCCUGAAUGGCCGGGGAAACAGGAAUCACUGCGUCGUUCCCUGUAAAGCCGUGGCUUCCUCUUUAAGAAACCACUGACAUAUGAACUCCUCCGUCGUCGUUUGACUUCCCACUUUGAUCUCGGUCCAAGUCAGCUGGAGAGCAGAUUUCGGGGCCUGGUCAUGGUGUCCGGUGAAAAGGUAUGGAACCCCCUCCACGCGGGGCUUAUUCAGUCACCUCUGAGUGAACAGCACCUGGCAACUGGGCUAACACGCCCCUGCAACUUCACACAUACUGCAACCAAGGACGCCACGUGCCACCAGAGUCAGCGGUUGAUACCUUUGUCUUCCCUACCACUGUCAUUAGUGGCUCUAGACACCCUUCCGACCGCCCAGGCCUCCUCACCCUCACACCCGCCUGUCAAUUUGUACAGCUCGAAUAAAACCCAAGGACUCCACAAACCUGCCUGGUCUCGUGGGGUGGCCUCCCAACUUGAAGAGGAGGAGGAGGAGGAAGUGGAAACUGAGCAGUUGGAGAUGAAGGGUAAAAGGCAUGGAGGCCGGGGAGACGCCAUGAUGGAGGACAGGCUAGAGGACAUGACUGAUGGACCUAAAAAUGCAAAAAUCACCCUAAGCUUCCCACUCAGUGCCGCCCCUCUCCCAGCCUCUCUGACAUCUCCAAACCACUGUCGGAGCUCCUCCUCUUCCUCCCCUUCCCCCCACCGACGGCGUCCCUCCUCCAAGAGCUCGGAUGAGGGGUCGCUGUGGAAACUGGAUGCGACCAUGGAUGUAAAGCACAGACCUUUUAAGCCCCCGAGGCACGACAGCUCUCCGUCCUCUUCACCCUCCUCCUCCUCAUCUCCCAUGACUGUUCAUGCACUUAUCCGGAAGGAUAUAAAAUCUCCACCUCCCCUGAAGUGCUCCAAACUAAACCCAGAGACUCAUUUUCAGAGGUCACCCCCGAGAUCCUCCAGCGGGUCUUUAGGGGGCUGUUAUGGUGUAGAUGGAUGGGAUGAGAGGCACAGGGUUGCCAACGGUACAGUUUCGCCCUCUCAAACUGCCCAGAUCCUCUUCAGUCUGGGCACAUCAGCCUAUCAGAGAGGCGGGGACGCAGAGAGGAGAGAAAAAAUAACGGGACGACCGGCUGGGAAAGUGGGAAGCCCUCAUGGGCCAAGCCUUCACCCUCCCGCCCUCCACCUCCCUCCUCCCUUACCACUGCCUCAUCCUCCACCAUCUGAGGGUCUAACUGCACCCCCCCACUCAUCAUCCUAUUCUCCUAGUGACAGUCUGAAGCCCGAGCUGAUUUGUGGGGUGUGCCAUCGACUUUUCAGCUCGGCCUCCUCCCUUACAGUCCACAUGCGGCUGCAUCGUGGCAGCCGUGCCCUCAGCUGCCGUUACUGUGGCAAAGUCUUCAUCCACAGCAAGAGACUGCAGUCCCACGAGGCCUCCUGCAAGUUGCCGGGCCUGCCCUCCAAGAGCAUGUGCCCUCCGUCUCUCACUGUACACCCAAAGGAGGAGCCGCUGGAGGAGGGUGAGGUGAGAGUGGAGGGGGGAAUGAUUGUGGGAGAAACGGACAUGAGUAAGGUGCGGCCAGGGAAGAAGGCACGGAGCCUCCUGGCGCGUAUCCAAGGUGAUGAUGCAGCAGCCGCAGAGUUACUGGCGGGCGAUGAGCACCAUUUUGUGAAGGUGGUAGAUGGCAAUGUCAUUUACUUCUGCUCUGUGUGCGAGCGAUCCUACAUGACCCUGUCCAGCCUGAAGCGUCACUCCAACGUGCAUUCAUGGCGACGCAAGUAUCCGUGCCAUUAUUGCGACAAAGUUUUUGCCCUGGCCGAGUACCGCACAAAGCACGAGGUGUGGCACACGGGAGAGCGGCGCUACCAGUGCAUCUUCUGCUGGGAUGCUUUCGCCACCUACUACAAUCUCAAAACACACCAGAAAGCCAUUCAUGGGAUUAAUCCCAGCCUCAUCUGCAGUGAAAAGACAGCGAAUGGCGGCUAUAAGCAGAAAGCGAAUGCCCUCAAGCUCUACCGCCUUCUCCCCAUGCGUUCACAGAAGAGACCCUACAAGACGUACAGUGACAGUUUGCAUAACGGCCUGCUUCUGCCACCAAAUGAAACACCUCCCCUCUCCCUGCCUGGUCUGGGCUGUGCUCUGGGCCCUGGAGACCUGCAGAGCCUCAUCAGUGGAGGCCACCCUCAUAGUGUUAAGCCUGACCCAGAUGCCUUCCCCGAUGACUUCCCUGUUUCUGUGGCUGCAGAACACAGGGACCUCUCCGCACUAACACCCCUCCCCCAAACGGACAUGCCCCAAGUUAAAAAACACGAGAGUGAGGCCCUAGAAUCAGAGCCAGGGCGAGGCAGUGGCAGCUUCAAAAUAUCUAGCAGCAACAAAACCAAAACUCCCAAGACUGGUAAGGGCACAGAAACAAGCAUGCCCUCUGUGAUAACAUAUGGACAUACAAAACCCUCCGUCAUAGUUCAUGGAACAGCAGUGUCAUCCUCUGUCAUCGUGCAUAGCAACCGGGUUAUUUCUGGAAGCGAAAAAAGCCCAAUAAGCAGCCCAUCCCCUGAAACCAGCAACAGCCAGACUUCACACAAGGGCAGCCCCAAGCCAAUUAAAAAGCAAAGGGAUAGUACAGAUAGCUAUAGAAAGAGGUCAAGAGACAGUUCAGAUACCACAGAGGAGAGUUCAAGAGGUGGGCACGAGGCAGAGACAGGAAGAUUAUUUCACAAAUCACGCAAGCCCCACAGCAAGAGUGACACCUCUUUCUCAAAGCAGCUGCUGGAAGGAAAAGAGGCAGGGCCACUGUGCCAGAUUACUGUACGUAUCGGUGAGGAAGCCAUAGUCAAGCGCAGCAUCUCCGAGACAGACCUCAGGAGAGACAAGAGCCUUUCUCCCCCAAAAAACAGACGGAGUGAAACGUCAUCUGUGCGGGACGUCAAAGAGCCACGCCACUCUCACUCCCACCACCAUCACCACAAACACCGUCUGCACCGCAGAGCCAGCAUGGAAGCAGAGGGCGAGAGGGAAAGAGGAGACGCGGAGGAGGAGGAUAGGAAAAAGACCUGCAAAUCCCCUGAUCGAGUAAGGGAGUACUAUUUCCGUCAGGAGGUGCGUGAGCAGGAGAGUGACAAUGACACAGAGGAUAAUUUAUGGCGGCCUUACUACUCCUACAAGCCUAAGAGAAAGGCCCAGGCACAUCUGCAGAGGGUCAAGAGCUGGCAGAGGAAACUGAAGUACAAGCGUUCCAUCCGGCUAAAGAGGAGGGCAGAGAGGCUCAAAAACGGCGUAAAUAAAGAAAUGGAGAAAUCGCAAGACGAGGAAGAGGAUGGGAAGAUGGAGGAGCCCCGGAAACCAUCAAAAGCUAACAGAGUCAAGGGAGAGGGGAAAAAGAAAGACUUUCUCUCUGCUCCUUUAAAGGAGAAGAACAAAGACACAGAGGAACGGGUGAAGGAGGCCUGUCAUAAGGUUUCCACCAGUCCUCUGCACUCUCCAAAGCCUCCUCUGUCUACCUCAGCGGCUCCUAUGGGAAUAAAGAGGCGGCCUUGGACUAAUGGCAACGCAGCAGAGUGUGGUACAUGUGGCCGCUGGUUCUCAAGCCCCAGGAAGCGAGACAAACACGAGCUGAGCCAUCUGCUGGAGUUUGUCUGCCUCUUCUGCCGAGCCACUUUCCCCUCAAGGGACAAGCUGGAAGAUCACCAGAGAGCCCAGCAUCCCAAGCCCGCCGAGGCCCCCUCUGUGCCCCCUAAAGUGGCACUUGGUGAGCAGGACGAUGGCGUCGUGAUCAAAACUGUGCCAGAGUUUGCAAAGUUUGACGAGGAAAGGGGGGGGCAAGGGGUGUUUGUGGGGAGAAGUUCUAGUCCAAGUCGCUUAAGCAGAAGAGCAUUAUCACGACACACCUGCUCACAGUGUCAUAAGGUGUGCAAGACAUCCUCGGCAUUGACUCGCCAUAUCCGACGCCAUGAGUUAAGCAGUUCCCCAGAAAGAGAAACGGAAGAUAAAGCCUCAGAGCCAAAAACAGCAGAGACAGUUAUUAACGAUGUUAGCAGAGACUCAGAGAUCGAAAAGGGACCGUCUCCCAGUGCUCUCUCUGUUUCAGUUAUCAGCUAUUCAACACCAGACCCGCCCAGCAGCAGCGGCGGCGACUGUCUGGCAUUGCAGCCGCACGCCGACCAACUCGGUGAACCGACAGCUGAACACCAGAGGUCAGAAUCCAGAGACAAACCUGAGCUAACAGCGCUCACACGUCCAGCUCCUGAGAGAGAGCCCAGCCCACAAAUAGCAGACCCUCCGUUUGAAAGUCACGCUAAUCUCACGCCCACAAAAUAUGAAUUCACAUCCGCCGCGCCCUCUGCCCUCCAGAGUGUGCUCGUCAUGAACGGACCCGAAUGUCUGGACUACCGCAGCCCCAGCAAAAAAAGCCUAGACAGCCAGAUCCACAGAAUACAGAGCCCUGUGCACAUCGUGGCAUCCGCCAACACCUCUCCAAAUGUGCCCACGACGUCACAGACCAGAAUAACCGCUGCUGCUGCUGCUCCUGUUGCCAUGACAACAGCUCCCAGCUCAGAGGGUGGAUUCGUGAAACGGGAUGGGGUCAUUAUGGACAGGGAGCGGCGGGCUGGGAGUGGUAUAUUUCCGCACGCAGGUUAUGAGGAAGCACCUCUGGUCCGUGAUCUCAGAGUUCAGUCACUGUCCAGGAGUCCCUCCCCCGAUGAAGCACAAGACCUGACCAUGUCCUCCAUACUAGCGAGGGAGCGGGAGAUGGAGAGGCAAAGAGAGAAAGAGAGGGAGCUGGAGAGACGGAGGGAAAGGGAGAGAGAGAAAGAAAGAGAGAGAGAGAGGGCCCAGCAAAUGACCAGAGUUACUCAUGCCCCAGAAGAACAAAUUGCUCUGUUGGUCCCGAAAGAGGAGCCUUUGAGUCCUGUGCCAUCCCCCCAGCACAUCCCCACUCCAACCACUAUGAAUGGACCCUCCUCACACAGGCACACUCCCAAGUCCCCAUGUCGGCCCCCCUCAACCAUUGGACUGUUAGCCCAGGCCAACCGUCAGGUUCACUCCACUUCACAAGGACUCGACAGGCUCACACUGCCCACUGGAGCAGCUGGUGCCAGCGACCGCCCCUCUGCCCACGCUCUGCUUCUCCCCCGAGCCCCCCAGCCACCUGAGCCCGAGUACCACGACACUGUUUCUUCCAGAAAUUCCCAGCAGGGGGCCGCCACCCCAGUGGGAUACCAUGCCCAGGAUUAUCCCCUACCCCUCAUUGUGCCGGACAGCUACCACUCUGGUAAGAAGCAGGAGGAAAACCUGCUCAUGUCCUCCUAUCCUCCUGGAGCUCUUCCCUUUGGCCCGCUGGGAAAAAUGAUGGUCCCUAAUGGCGGGGACCUGGCCAAGCUGCCAUUUUACCCAGACCCUUACCAGCUGCUCUACGGGCCCCAGCUGCUGGCCUACCCCUAUAACUUAGCAGCUCUUCCUGUGGCUCUGAACAUGAUGGCACCUGGGGGGGACAAGGUGGAGCCUCUGCCUUUCCUUCCAGCCAUCUUCAACUACGCAGCUGCUGCUGGGCCCUACAUGGGAGCGGCCCCCCACCCGCUCGUGGCCAAUCCCAGCCUGUACAGUGGCAGCAGUGGCAGCAGCAAGAAGCAGCGGGACAGCAGCAAACCUUAGGACAACAGAAGCACUUAUGAGGAAUAUAUUCCAAAGGGGACGGCCUGGCCUGUUUAGGAUGAGCGGGAGGGGUGCAUGCUCGCUGGGUCACUGACUACACUCGCACAGUACCCCUGCCUCUCUUUUAGUCAGUAGAGAUCAGGGCUAGGCAUUAAAUCAGGAGGAGCUGCCGAAGGGAGGAGGAGGAGCAAAGAAACGGGGAGGAGAGGCCCAUAAUAAUCCAGUGACGUAUCAUUCCUCCCCCCCUCUCUUUACUCCUGCUCACCGUCUCUCCGCGUUUCUCCCGUUUUGCUGUAGUGUGUCAUAGUUCUUAGAGCUUGAUUAAUCCUUCCUCUCCGACUCAUUAUAUUAUCUAUAAUAUAAGAAUAAGACCUGCUAACAGGGUGCGUGUUGCGUUGGAAAAAAAAAACGAGUUCAGUCUGCUUCCCUUUAUAGUCACCGCAAAAACGAGGAUAAACACUCUUCAGGGAAGGCUUGUGUGGGCAACGAUGAGCGACGAGACAUGAGUUUUUUCGAGGAGGAGAAUGCAGGUGUAUCCUGUCAUUAAAUGUGUGAGCAUGUACGUGCACAUGUAUGUAGGGGUGUGUGCAUGCAGAGGCUGGCUUAAGCUGCGUAUGUGUGAAAGUGUGUGUGUGUGUGGGUGGGUGUACGUGCAUAAAUGGCUAGAUCAUUCCGUGUCAGACGCACACAGUGUUCCUACUCUAGUUGGAAUGGCUACUGUAGGUCAAUGUAUAGAAGUGCAUUUAGAAGUGAUUCCUCAUAUCCAAAAUCAUUUAGAAGUCAAUUCUGUGGCUGAGCGCGAGGCAACGACAGCGACGGAUCAUCUGAGCUUCUAAAGGCUCAACUUAACCCUGUUACUUUGUGGCCAGAUGACGCUGUAGGAUCUGUGUAGCAUUCACCAUAGUUUGUACCUUAUGUGCACAAAAUAGAAAAAAGUAGUGGUCACUCAAAGGGGACACUCGUAGCUGCUUCGGAUAUGUAGCUGGCCACUGGGUAAGAAUUGAAGGCUGGUAGACCAUUGCACUUCCGUUUUUCAUCUCAUUUCCUUCACAAGCGAAAGAAAAAAGGAAAAGAAUUAAAGCAGUCAGCCUUCACCUUGCGUAGCUUUCACCUCCUUGAUUGGAAGAGGCAAAAAAGGCUCUGUUUCCUAAGCCGGGGAAGAAGAAAGCGACAGGGAGGAAAAAGACAAAAAAAAAAAAAGGAUUCAGGGUAUUGAUCUAUUUCUGGAUAGGAAAAGAAGUAUAUGGGCACAAAACUGUUGGGAGUCCGAAGGCCCCAUUUGGGGGACAGAAAAAGUUCCUUUUCCCCUACUGAUGGGAGAUUGGAAAUAGUCUGAACUGUUUCCCCUCCCGCCCCGUGUCAUUUGCUAAGUGGUAGGGAAAGGCUGAGCUUAGCAGCCAAAGUGGUGGCCGAAACUCCCCCAGGCGCCCUCCUGGGGCCUUUUCGUUGUGUAAUGUUCUCUCUAUAUGUUUGUUCUGUUAAACUCUGUUGAUGUUUAUGUUGUUUAGCCCUCUGACCAGAUGGAAAGUGGCUUCAGUGAAAAAUGGGGGGAGUGAACUUUAAAAAUAUGAAUGUAAAUUUAGUCAUGAGGUUAAUGAAGUACAGCUACAUUAAUGGUAGAGUCGGUUUCAGUUCCUUUUUUUUUUGUUUCAGUUUUUGACACAAAUAACCUGUUAAAGAACCGUAUAACGUCUGGUAUGCAUAUAUACAGUAGUCCUAGGAACAUGUCAGUAAACUUGGGUUCUGUAUCCACAAAGCAUGAGCAACACUUGCUUCCUUACCGUUUAUAUCCUCAGCAAAUCUGGCACUGUGCGCACAGCUUUUGUUUUCCGUUUCCUUUUUUAAAAAAUAUUUUCUGGUCUUUUAAACGUCCAUAUCUCUGUCAUUAUUAUUACUAUUUUAUUUUAUUUUUGUUAUCAAACACAGACCACAGCUUUGGAGAAGUUCCACAAAACUAUCUGCCACAUUUGCCACUAUUUAAGGAGCCGCUCUCAUCCCCCCUCCUCAUACACUUGCACACUGCACCUCUGAACGACGUACACGCAGUGUGUUUCAGUGCACGUGCGGGGCGAUGGUACUGGGGCGGGCAGGAGUGUUGAAACACACACACACACAGCGUGACCAACUGAAGGGGCGCACAAGCGCCCCCCCCCCCCUCCCCCUCGGGUGUGGUUACAAGCCUUUUGCGUGCAUCGAGCGCGCAUCGUGAACGAGAGUGAGUGAUCGCGUGAAUAAGAAAACCAAAAUAAAAUCUGCCUAAGCAGCAUAUCCCUCUGCAGUAUAUGGGCCACCUGUAUUUUUUUUUGUUUUAUAAAUUUUUUUUUGUUAUUGUUGUUGUUUGACACUUAUUCUGUGGGUUAGUUUCAGUGUAAAAAAAGCCUCACUGUCUCCAAUAUACUAUCUCAAGUCAUUCCUGCAGAUGGACAUUGUUUGUGUUUUUUGGACCAUUUCUUAUGCCAUAGUUUGCCAUCACGGUUUUUCACACAGACCAAAGGCAUGCAACUCAACGUAUUGUAGUGACUGGACUGGAAUCUGGUUGUGAUAUACAACUCUUUGCUGUCUGUUUUAGUUCAAAUGAAUGUGCCUCUGCUUUGAUAUUUAAAUAAUUAUCUAUAGUGAGACGUGGAUCUGCCAGAUUUCAACUGUUAAGGUGCCUUGGUAUGGCAUAAGAAAUUUGACAUGGCAAAAUGGGACGUUUUUCCUGGAGAAAUGACGAGUGUGAUUUGGAGAUAGAUGUCAUGGCUUUGUUUGCUACGGAGCGGUUCAUAGACGUAGGGGUGUGGCUAAACUGUUUUUGGUAUUGUGUACAUGUCUAGGGUAAUACUGUGCCAUAUAGAGCCCACAAAAUAUGUUAAUGUUAUUUUUAAAAGAUGUUUUAAUGUUGCCUGAUGACUUUGUCUUUAGAUUUGAUACAAAGGCUUGUAGCCACAGCUCUCCCAAAGUCUGUAGUCUCCUUUUUUCCCCGAUACUCUCCUUGUUCUCUCUCUCUCUUUCUCUCUCUCUCUCGCUCUCUCUCUCUCUCUCUCCUCUCGUUUCCGUCUCCCAUUCUUUCUCUUUGCUGCAAUCAAACAAAAAUAAAGUAUUAACCUGAUGACCCAAUGAAA